AUGGCCAUCGACGAUUAUCCGGAGCUGGGCGACAUCGUCCCCGAGGACUCGGAGAUUGAGGCGUCCGGACCCGGCGUUAUGGGCUGGAUCAAGAAGCUGUACCUGCAGUCGCGAGGCGUCGAUCUCGGCACCUUUAGCUCGGACCUGCUCUCGGGGGCGUUUCGCGAGCAGUCCUACCAGUGGGAGCCGAUGACCCGCAUGUACAUGGGCGAGGUCGUGCAGCUGAUCCAUCACUUCAUGACCAGAGCGCUGCGUACCAUCUGUCGAGACGACGACAUCGCCGAGAAAAUAUGGUCUGCGAUUUAUGUGCCCGUGCUCGAGUGGUACAAGAACGGCCGGGACCAGGCUGUGCUCCUGAUGGACAUUGAGCGGACCCAGUCCCCCUUCACGCUGAAUGCCAUGUUUAACAAGGAGGUGCAAGCGGCCCGGGGUGAGCGGAUGCGAGACAUGCUCAAGACGAAAGCCUGGCUGGCGCCAAAGUACCAAGAAGAGGAUAGGGCCGUGGUCAACCUCGACGACGCUCUGAGCGCGACGACGACGAAAACAAAUGAAGAGUAUCUGCACCAGGAGAUCCACGACAAACUCAAGGCCUACUACCAACUCGCGGUUGAUCGGUUUGUCGACAACGUCUUCCGACAGGCCGUCGGCUACGAUCUCUUGUUCGGGCCGCAGGGCCCGCUGUCCGUCUUUACACAAGGGUGGGUGAUUGACUUGGACGCAGAUACGUUGAGCCAAAUCGUUGGAGAGAAGGAGAUCACCAAGGCACGCCGCCAGGCACUCAAAAAGAGAAGCAUUGAUUUGAAGGCAGCAUUGGACAUUCUCAAGCCUUAG